UUUUCUUCACUUUUUCCCUGACGAAUUUUGAAUGCUCCCUAACAGUAAACACGACAUAAGAGUGACUUUGCUUUGAGCCCCGACGUCCCCACCUCGAAAAAUGGAACUAUCGGCAAUAAUGUCGCCGGCGAAUUACCUAGAAAAAAAUUCCAGUUAUUCUCAAGCAAUUAAUCUCACAAAUCGCCGCCAAAUAGUUCACAGUAGCAAAUUAAAAUACGUUCGAACAACUUCCCCUUCUUUGAAAUUACCCCCAGUGACUACGGAUUGCGACAAUGCAGAAGUCAUCGGUGCAAGAGAGCGCAGAGGGAAGGAAUGGAUUCACUUUGUCGGCGUCGGAGGUUGCGGUUUGUCCGCUCUCGCCAUGCUUGCUCUCAAACAAGGUUAUGAGGUCAGUGGUUCUGAUAUGAUGUGGAGCGAUGCCAUGGACGCAUUGCGAGAAGCAGGUGCCCGAGUGUAUAUAGGCCAUUCUGAGCUUAACUUGAGAAAGAAUAAUGGGUUGGUGCCUGAUGCCCUUAUUGUGUCAAGUGCGAUUCGUGGGGGCAAUGUGGAGAUUUUACAUGCCGAGUCUGUUGGAAUACCUGUGUACAAGCGAGGAGCUUGGUUGGGUAGGAUCACCAAAGGUUACAACCUCAUUGCUGUCAGCGGGAGCCAUGGGAAGACUACCACCGCUAGUAUGCUUGCUUAUGUAUUAGAUGCAAUGGGGGAUGAUCUUACAGCUGUAAUUGGGGCUCGGGUACCACAGCUAGCUGAAAGAAACAUCAUCUUUGGAACUGGUUGCAACUUUGUACUGGAGGCUGAUGAAUAUGACUCUUGCUUCCUUGGAGUAACACCUCAAAUAGCUGUGGUAACAAAUGUAGAUUGGGAACAUGUAGACAUGUUUCAAGACGAGGAAGCAGUUAAAACUAUUUUCAGGAAGUUCAUAGGGCAGAUAAGGGCUGGAGGACAUUUAAUUUUAUGCGGUGAUAGUCCGGUUGCAUGUUCUUUGGUCAACAAAAUGGGCUCAGGCUCUGCUCUUCCAGUUCUUCGCAAUGAUGCAUUCCAGAUUUCUACUUACGGAAUUUCUAGUUGUAAUGAUUGGCAUGCCUUAUCAAUAUCCCCAAACUCUUGUGGGGGUAGUGACUAUCAGCUGCUUCACAAGGGACAUCAUAUUGCAGACAUCAGCCUACAAAUGCCUGGAGUCCACAAUGUUCUUAAUUCAUUAGCAGUCAUUGCAACAAUCAAUGCUCUUUCUACGGAUGAGAAAAACUUUCUCAGUUCCAUUGCUUCUUUGAAAUUACGCUUGCAAAAUUUUGAAGGUGUUUCUAGACGUUUUGAGAGGAUAGGUACAGUCCGUGGGUGCCAUAUAUAUGAUGACUAUGCUCAUCAUCCCACCGAGAUUCAAGCUACUCUUCAAGCAGCACGCCAGAGGUUUACAUUUCAAGAACUUGUAGUAAUAUUUCAGCCUCAUACAUACAGUCGUUUAGCAGCAUUGAAAGACGACUUUGCUAUUGCAUUCACUAAUGCGGACAGGGUUGUGAUAACAGAGAUUUAUGAAGCCAGAGAAACAAAUCUGUGGAAGAUCAAUGGACACGAUCUUGCAGCAUCUAUAGUUGGCCCACCAUCUGAGUUUGUCCCUUCCCUGAUACAGGUGUUGGAAAUGCUGGUUGUUCAUAUAUCCAAGGAUCCCGAUCAUGAAACUGUCAUCAUGACCCUAGGAGCAGGAGACAUAACUUCAGUGGGUCGUAAACUCCUAAUUGAAUUGCAGCACAGAUUACUAUAAUAUACUGCAUCACGAGAUUGGCAGCAAACUCAAGACGUUUAUAGCCUUUACAUAUAAUUGGCUAAAUUUGAAGCCAAGGUUCCUAGAAUUGUAGCACAUUCAUCUGCACUAAAUAUAUGGCGGCAAGCCUGACCUCAUGAUAGAAGAUCUCGUCAUGCAGAUAUGAAGAUCAUAAUGUUCAACUGCUUGAGAUGUUUGCAUCCAUUGAUUGCUUUCUCUACUGCAGCAAAUUCACCACUCUGGGAACAGACCUGGUCAAUGAUACAGAAGGCAUGGAGUAAGAAAGCACUGAGUUGCACCCCAAUAGUAUUUCUUGAGCUCUAUCAGUUCACCUCCCAGCAUCACUGAUCAUCUUGAUUCUUGACUAUGCAUAUUGGUAGCAGUACAGUUCCUCCCUUUAUGGACUGCCUCUUUAGCUUAGCAAUCAUGUGGAUCUUGUGAAGGAUAUAAGAGAAUUUUCGAAUGUUUAGAGGAUGGCUAUUUACACUCAAAGUAUAUCCCCUCAUUUCUAGUUUCUUGUUGGUGCAUUUAUGAAUACAGAAGAUAGCUCGUCCUUUAUAGAGAAUCAUAGUGUUGUAGGUCCUCUACUGUUGAUUAAUUGCUAGGUUAAGGAGAUCCAAAUUUUUAAUAGAAGUAAUUGUCUUGGCAAAAAAAUGAUCACCAUUCACAUGAUUGGCUUCUUUUUGUAGAGCAGGGGUACAAUAUUGUUGUGCACUGUAAUCAAUUCUAUUCAAUGCUUAUGGAAGUUCAACCAGAUUCCAUUUCGAUUGA